GCGCCAUCGAUCGAGAUCUUCUUCCUGAUGGCCGGGAGCCCUAUGCGGUGCUAACAUAUAGAGAAGGUUUUCAACACGGGUUACAUAUUAUUGGAACAAAAUGGACUUUGAAUUUUCUGGAUAAUUUGCCUGAUGCUAUUGCUAGAGAUCUCAUGGACAACAAUGAUGGCAUCAAGAAUUUCACUGAAAGUGACAUUGAAAGAAUUACUAGCGGCUAUACGACUCUCAUCGGAAAAGGCGGCUUUGGAGAAGUCUACAAAGGGGUCCUUGACAAUGAUGAUAUAGUUGCAGUGAAGAGAUAUAUCCGGGCAGAUCUGGCACGAGAGUUUAUGGAAGAAGUAAAAAUCCAUAGCCAAAUAGACCACAAGAACAUAGUGAAGCUCAUAGGCUAUUGCAAAAGGGAAAACACUCUAGUGCUGGUAACUGAGUAGAUAUCCAAUGGGAACCUUGAAGACAUACUUCACAACAGAAGAACUGCAAUGUCCCUGGAGACAAGAUUGGGUAUUGCUAUAGGGUGUGCAGAGGCACUGAGCUACAUGCAUUCGAUGCACUUAACGACCGACAGCUUAGUAUGCCAUGGUGAUAUUAAGCCUGCCAACAUACUUUUGGAUGAAAAUCUUACUGCAAGGUUGUCGGAUUUCGGACUGUCAAGGCUGCUUUUAGGUGGCACAACUCGACACACUAUGAAUGUCAAAGGAAGUAUUGACUAUGUGGAUCUUGUAUGUCUUCGAACCGGGUGCCUUACCCCGAGGAGUGAUGUCUACAGUUUUGGAAUAGUUCUCUUGGAACUAAUCACUAGAAAAAGGGUAAAAGAGGCGAAAAUCAGCCUCGUUAAGACUUUCAGUGAAGCCUUUGAAAAUGGGAAAAUGCAGUUGAUGGAGAUAUUUGAUGAUGAACUGGUCAGUGAGGGCAAUCUGGAGGUCCUUGAAACAAUAGGGAAAUUGGCAAUUCUUGUGACUGAACAACUCGUGAAGCUAUGGGCAGGUCUGAGACGAGGCCAGAGCCUGCUUAAAAUAAGUUUGGGCAUUUUCAAGAGGAAUGCUGUCAGUUCUGUAAUACGGAUAAAACUACAGAAUGUUAAAGUUUUCACAGCCGGGGAACUAAUCAGAGUCACACAGAACUACUCUCGUUUAAUUGACGAGAAUUUCAUGUUCUCAUAUGUGGUCUAUAAAGGAUCACUCCAGGACAAUAAAUUGGUAGCUGUGGUGAGGUAUUUUUCAGGAUAUUCAGACAACUUCAUCAACACAGUGAUGAUCAUGUCUCAAAUCGCCCACAAGAACAUCAUAAAACUCCUGGGGUAUUGCUUCGAAGAAGAUUGUCCGGUUCUUGUGUUUGAGCAUGCUUUCGCUUACAGAAGGCGUCUCACGGACUUCCUGCGUCUGCGUGGAAACAAACAUCAUCUCUCGCUGGAAUUACGUCUGAAGAUCGCAGUUCAGACUGCACAAGCAUUGACAUACAUCCAAUCAUCAUCGACUAAAAUAUGUUGGUACAACUCAGCCUACACAAAUCUGAGGACCCAUGCAAAGUGAAAAGCGAUGUGUAUAGCUUCGGUGUUGUUCUCAUGGAGCUUAUUAACAGCAGAGAACCUAGGCAUGGCACGGCCAGCCACAUCGUCAUGGAUCUCAGAAGAGCUUACAUGUUAGAUAUGAUGGGAGCAAAAUGGAGAUGGUCUACAGUGAGAUCUUGCAGACUGAAGAUCCUGUCUUUGUGGUUAAUCAGAUCUGGAAGCUAGCAGCUCUGUGCACCACGGAAGAGGUAGAUGAGAGGCCAACGAUGGAGCAGUUGGCUAAACACCUUGGGGUGCUCAGGAGAUUCUGGAAGAAGCGCAGGGCUGAAGACGUUGGAGCUUCCACAGGUUACUGUACUGAAGUUGAAGCUGCUGCAGCUGUUGGCAUCAGCGGAGAUGAAGCCACUGAACCCUGAACUCGACCUGUCACUCGGUUCAGACAUCAAGAGAUCGAUUGAUUUUGCAUCUGGGAUUCCAUUUGCCUGUUGUGUGUAAUGUUAUCCAUUUUUUUUUUCUUUUGGAAGCUGGUGUGUGCUGUAAUUAAUAUUGCCACCAAAAUUUAUAAGUGAGGUAGGCAUAACUUAACUGGUUAGGUUCAUUGGGUUUCUUGUGGUGCAAUAUAUUCACCCGGAUUCAAAUCCUAGAUUUAACAUGAGAGCUCGUAAAUUUAUCGUUAAUUAUAAGAUAGAUAUGU